AAGUAGGGGUGAAGGGGUGAUGGCGGCUGCGGGAGGGGAGCCCAAGUUGGAGCGGGAGGGGAACAGCGUCCCGUACAAACAGCGGCUGGAGAUGCUGAUUGGAGACUCCACUGACAAUUUGAUUAAACGCAUAAUGAGACUCAUUCUACAAGACACUUAUGAGGCCCAGUCAGAACUACAUACUAUCAUGCUAAAUUUGUUUGACAAAAUUUCUAUUAAUGGAGCCGAGGACUGUCGCCCUGAAGCACAUGUCUUUUUGCAGCGCUUUGCUGAAAUUGCAUGGUCUGAACUGGUGGAUGAGUGCUUUGCCGAAGGUAGCAUGAAGUUGAUUCACUCGCAUUCUACGUUUUUUCAGGCUUUAGGCUUCUUGCGUCGAAUAUCUUGUUACAUGCCCUGUGUUAAACGAAUGUGGGAUAAGCGAUACAGAAUCGUUACGAAUAUAGGCAUCAUGCUUGUUUUUGACGGUGAAAUUACACACUUGCGCCAUUUCAUCUGGCAGGAGUGCUUGAAGAUUCUUUACAAUUGCCUUGUCUUGUGCACUGAAGAUGACGUAAAGUAUCUUUGCCAAUUGCAGAUCUUUAACUGCCUAGAAGUAGCUUGGAAAAUGUCUGAUCAAAGAUUGAACCUUGGGUUGCUUGUUAAAGCAUGGCUGGUCCUGGCAGAGCAUUAUCACAUUCCGAUUUGUAAGCAAACCUGGGAUAGAUCCUCCUUCCCCCAAAUAAUUUGGUACUUGUCACAGGAAGAUGAAUAUGAAAUGGCAGGUGUACUUGUUGCUAGAAAAGCCAUGAUGGCUGUGGAAAAUCCUGAAGAAUACAAGAAAAACCCUUACGUACAUUAUAAACAGAAGGCGAGGUAUGUAUCCACAAUUUCUGACAUAGAAACCAAACUACCAGAAACAUUCCCAAUUAUAUGUUCUUCACCUAUGUGUAAUGAACUGGAAGAUUUGGACUGUCACUUUCGCUCUUGUGAACGCUGUCGUCUUACAUAUUACUGCAGCAAAGUCUGCCAGAAGUACCACUGGAAACAUGGUCACAAGGAGGAAUGUAUUCCCCUGAUUCCAAAGGAGGAAAUUCUUAAAUACUACACUGAAGAUGUGAUAAAUGACUUUCAGUUGUACUGUAUAAGCCUGUCAAAUAGCAAGAUGCUAGAAAGCAUUAUGGGUCAAACCAUUCCGAAGCGCAAGAGAGGAGAUGGAGUUCGCUGUUUAGGCGUUCUUGUUAAAAAUGAACAGGGCCAAUGGGUCACCAUUGAUGAGCAAAUACCAGAUUCCAAGAAACAUGCAUUUUCUCAUUCCAGAAGAAAUAGACCCAAAGACUAAUUUUUACUUUCCCCCCAGUGAUUUUUCGGUUAUUUAUAAAUAAUGUUCACAUUGCAGCCAAAUGCUUUUGUGGAUCUUGGUUAGACCAGUUUUAGGGGCAAACAUCGGUAUUUAUUUUGAACAGCCGGGGCCUACGGUGAAACAUUUAAGACUUCUUCACUAACGGUUGAAAUAAACAGUCCACUGUUUCCCACUCUGACUUCACCACUACUGUCCUAUUUCAGGACAGUGAAGAAAUCACCUGUAUGAGUACAGUUAGCUGUCGUUAUACAUCUUUAUGGACUCGGUUGUUCUCAUUUCCAGUCAUUUUUAGCAAAUUCCAUUUCCAAGCCUUCUGAUGCUAUUAUAAACUGGAUUUACCUGAAUUAUUUAAAAGAUGGACAAUAUGCACCUAGAUGAGUCACAAAACUUGGAGAACAAAUUUAUAAUUUCUCCUGAAUUGUCCUAUUAUUUUUUAUGACAACAGCAACUUGCAUUUAUAUCACAUCUUUGGUGUAAGUAAAUGUCCCAAGGUGCUUCAGCAGAGCGUAAUCAGACAAAAAACACAACAUUGAGUCAAAGAAUUAUAGCCAUUUUAUACCUGGUUGAAGAAACCGAAUAAAGCAAAUUGGCAGAGAUUCAGCUCCUGAUCAGUGACUGGAAUCCUUCCUUUGUUAUAAAACAUUGAGCACUUUUGUUUCUGAAUUAAUCUGAUUUUAACAGUACGUUUGCUGAAAUUGGAGGGAAAUAAUUCAAAAUGGAUGCAUGGGAUUGUAGAGUGUUUUGUCUUUUUGAGAAGAAAUAUCUUUUAAUUUGAUAUUCUCUGAUUCAUGAAUAAUGUGCCAACAAAGUGACUUGUUACAUUGGAUCUGAUCAGUUUCUUUAAUUUGAUUUUAUUACUUGUACUUGAUCUUAAAUGAGAAAAUCGAUCCUGUAGGUGACCUUUUGUUGAUGUUUGCUGAUCUAAAAAUGUUGCUAUAAAGUAUAUUUAUUUCUGA